AUGCAGCUUCCACCUGUGAGAGGAAGACAAAUAUUCCAACAGCCCGAGCACAUGAUUCCUGCUACUGACUUAUGGAAACUUUUUUCUUUGGUAGAAUUGGUGGACAAUAUGAGACAGCAAGGAGACAUGUUGUUCGUUGACCUCUUAAAUGCUCUUAGAAUUGGUGAACUCUCGGCACAGCAUAUGGCUGUUUUACUUGAGAGAGAAAGUUCUGAUAUGGAUGGAGAGUUUUCCAUUGAAAGAGCCUUAAGAAUCUACCCAACUAACAAGCAGGUAGAUGAACAUAACAAUCGAGUUCUUCAGUAUUUCAGGAGCAAAAAUACUAGUAUCUACAAAAUUCGUGCCCAAGAUCAACUAAUCGAUGCAACAAAAAAACUCAACGAAAAUACAAGUAUCGAUAGCAUCAUUUCAAAAGACAUUAACAAGACCGGAGGUUUACCGCGAGAAUUAGCAAUUUUCGUAGGAGCUAAGGUUAUGUUAAGAGCCAAUAUUGACGUCACCAAAGGUCUUGUUAAUGGAGCUAUAGGAUUUGUAAAAGAGAUUGUUUGGCCAUAUUUUCGCAGAGCUCAAGUGUAUGCCGAGGACAUACCAUCUGUUCUCAUCAAUUUCGGUAAAGACGGCAUACACAAAAUCGAGCCGAAAUCCAUUCAAUUUCCAGCUUUAUACAGUUAUGGAACUGCCGAAAGGCGAAUGUUGCCGUUGAUUUUGUCGUGGGCUUCAACUGUACAUAAAAUGCAGGGAAGUACUGUGGACUAUGCAGUUGUCUAUCUUGGAAAUAAACUAUUUGCUGAAGGACAAGCGUACGUAAACUUGAGCAGAGUAAGAUCUCUUGCUGGACUCCGGAUAGAAGAGCUCGACUGCACAAAAUUAACUGGCAAGAAGCCUUGCAAUAAUGAUGCUCUUGUGGAAAUGGAGAGAAUGCGGAGGUACAGUGAAAAUGAUGAAAGAAUACGAAAUAGUACUGUCAAAAAUGCUUGA